CAUGAUGCUAUUAUGAUCCGAUCAGCCACGGGGACACUCAUAAUCAUUCAUACGACCCAUACUUAAAUCUCACACUCAACUUGAAUGCCUUUUGAGGAUCCCGAUUUUCUUCAUGUUCGCUAGCACUACAGUCAUACGUACUAGGAUCUCAUCUACGAUGCGCAAUGUCUCUACACAUAGUGGCAAGGGCAUCUCUGCGGUGCUGCAGAAGAACCCAGAUGAUGUGGUCAUUACAUUUGCAAAGCGCACCGCAAUGGGGAGGAACAGAAAAGGUCAAUUCAAGGAUAUCCCAGUGGAUGAAAUGAUGCAAGCUCUGCUCAAGGCGACCUUUGAGAAGACAAAGCUGGACCCCGCAAAACUUGACGACAUCUGCGUUGGCACAUGUCAUCCUCCUUCUCCAAUGUACUCCUCGCGAGCCGCUGCUCUCGCAUCCGGCAUUCCUCACGAUGUUCCCAUCUCGACAGUGAACAGGCUAUGUUCAUCCGGUCUUAUGGCCAUCCGCAACAUUGCCCAUGCUAUUCAGUCAGGUGAAAUAUCCAUGGGCAUGGCAAUCGGAGUGGAGAAUAUGACACUGAAUCCCCGUCCUACGCCUGUUAUUGCUGAAUCUGUGGACAAAUCUCCGCGGGCUCACGAUUGCAUCCAACCUAUGGGUUGGACGUCUGAAAUGGUCGCUCAAACCUAUAAAGUCUCGCGACAGAAGCAAGAUGAAUAUGCCCUUAUAUCACAUACUCGCGCAACCAAGGCGGUGACCACCGGCAUCUUCUCUGAGGAGAUCAUCCCAGUCGAAAUCCGCGGGACUGUGAUAUCCGUUGACGACACAAUCCGGCCUGGCGUGACGAUGGAAAUGCUAUCUGGGCUGAAGCCUGUGUUCCAAGAUUGGGGCGAUGCAGCUACCACUGCUGGAAACGCUAGUGGCAUUGGCGAUGGUGCCGCGUUAUGCAUUCUCACGACAAGAGAACGUGCGGAGAAGGAAAACAUGGAAAUUAUCGGGAAAUGGGUUGGAUGCGCAGUCGUUGGUGUCGAGCCCCGCUACAUGGGCAUUGGCCCCAUCGCCGCUAUUCCUAAGGUCCUUACGCAAGUUGGUCUCACUAAGGAUGAUAUUGACAUUUAUGAGAUCAAUGAAGCAUUCGCUUCGCAAUUUGCAUACUGUGUCGAAGAACUUGGCAUUUCCAUGGACAAAAUCAACACGAAUGGCGGGGCAAUAGCCGUGACGCACCCUUUGGGAAUGACUGGCGUUCGUCAAGUUGUUACCGGCCUCGCAGAACUCCGCCGGAGAGACAAAAAGUUGUUGUGCACAAGUAUGUGUGUCGGCAGUGGUAUGGGUGCAGCAGGCAUCUUCGUGAACGAGGCACAACCAUCUUGUGAAGCGAGGUUAUAGUUUGUAUUUGACCGAGGUGUGGGUGUAUUGUACAUAUUCAUAACUGCUGUCUCAAACUUAUUUAGCGGCUGCCAGCGCCGCAUCUACAAUUUCUGUCAUUUUUAUAACCGCCUCUUCCUCCAAAGUCCGACCGACAAGUUGCAGACAAACAGGAGCGUUCUUGAAUUUCUCCGGGUCAUCUGAAUCGAUCGUUGGCAUCAGAAAUUCACUGAUCAG